CCAUACUACCAUCUCUACUUAUAAAUGAGGGUUGUCUUGGAAUUCACUAAAUUUCUUAUUUUCCAUUAAUAUCAUUGCUUCCUUAUCUUGCCCUUACAAUUCACACUGACCUCUCUUUUCAUUUUCAAAUCUCUCUUUUCAUUUUCAAAUCAUUAAUAUUCUUCCAGUUUCUACUUGUUUCAGCUCAAGAUCAUGAAAGAUGUCCAACUUCUUUUAGUUGUGGAUAUCUUGGCCAGAUUACAUUCCCUUUCACAGUUCCACAACACCCUCAAUGCGGCGCUUUGGCUAUACUAGGCUGUGACAAUAAGAAUACAAAUGCUCCCAAAACCAUCCAACUAGGCAGCCCACCAUCAAAACAGUUUUUCACUGUUACAUACGUGGAACCUGAUGCCAUCACGGUCGAAGAAAAUGAAGCUCAACGGAAGAAAUUGCAAUCCAAAAAUUGUCAAGCCUUUCACAAUUUUACUGUUCCUCCCACUUCUCCUUUAGCUUCUUUCUACAACAAAUAUAAUAUAACUAUGUUCAAAUGCAAUCACUCCCUUAGUGUCAUCCCUCCCAAACCAUUUUAUAACUACACAAAUUGUCCCGGCUAUAGUAUCUACUAUGGCCUUCAAAACUCUGCUGGUAAUUUCAAAGUGCCAAGUUCUUUGGCACAGUGUACAGUGUAUCAGGUUGCAAUAAGAGACAGCCCUACUGAUGACCCCUUUGAUUUUCUAUCUCCUGAAUUCCAAAUUCAAGUACAAUUAUCUGAUGAUUGCAACAAGUGUCUUCGCCACCGAGGGGGCCAAUGUCAACUUGAUAUUCACAAAAAUUUCUUUUGUGCCAAAGAGGAUAAAACAUUGGCUUGGAAGUUAGGAAUCGGCAUUGGACUCCUUGUCAUUAUUAUAAUUGGAUUGCUGAUUAUGUGGCGCUGCAAACGACGUGUUCCUACUUUCUACCACAAAUACACAGAGAGUGACAGUGUCUACCAUGGGGUGCCAGUAUUUUCCUUUAAGGAUCUUGAAGUAGCAACAAAAAAAUUUGACAGUUCAAGAGAACUCGGAGAAGGAGGAUUUGGGACUGUUUACUAUGGAAAACUAAAAGAUGGCCGUGAAGUUGCUGUGAAGCGCCUAUAUCAGCACAAUUUUAAACGAGUUGAACAAUUUAUGAAUGAAAUCAAAAUCCUUACUCGCUUGCGCCACAGAAAUCUAGUCACUCUUUAUGGCUGCACUUCACAACAUAGUCAUGAACUACUGCUUGUAUACGAAUACAUUUCAAAUGGAACUGUCACCAGUCAUCUGCGUGGUGAAUCUGGCAUUUUGCCUUGGCAUAUCCGAAUGAAAGUUGCCUUAGAGACUGCUACUGCUUUGGCUUAUCUCCAUGCUUCUGAAAUCAUUCACCGAGAUGUGAAAACAAACAAUAUUCUCCUUGACGACACCUUUUGGAUUAAAGUUGCAGAUUUUGGACUGUCAAAACUGUUCCCAAACGAUGUCACACAUGUCUCCACAGCUCCACAAGGAUCACCGGGCUAUGUGGAUCCGGAAUAUCAUCAAUGCUACAGGCUUACAAGCAAGAGUGAUGUUUACAGUUUUGGGGUUGUGCUUGUUGAGCUGAUAUCAUCUAUGCCGGCAGUUGAUAUGAGUAGAGAUAAGGAGGAGAUAAACUUGGUGUCAUACCCCAAAAAUUACCCAUCAUUUUUCCUAAAAAAUUUCAGUAGAGGGAGUUAG